AUGCGUGCCUUAUUCAACAGGUCGACCACCUCCAACGACCACAAUCCUACUCCUGAGUCCGCAGACCAGAGGGACAUCCCUAGAACCCUGUCCAAACCAGCGUCUACGUCUCAACUAUCCUCCUUUAGCGCGCCUAGCGUGACAAUUUCCUCUCCAGAAGACUCUAUACCCCGACGGGCCAAGUCUAAAUCGUCCCUACGGAGCACUGGGAGCAAUCACCACGACGAAGAAUACGACAGCCUUGACAAGACCCUAGUCCGUCCAUCUUUCUUACGUCGACUAUCUCCGGGAUUGGCAGCUCGUGUGAAACUCCUGGACGGAAACGCUAAGACGACGAUCUCGAUCCGCAAUCACACCAACGUUGGCCGGAUCCCUGAGGAGCAAAUCAAGGAACUAGACAGCCUUCACCAGAGCAGCAGCCGGUCCGUCAAAGUCGAAAGGAAAGGCAAGGCGUGGAGUGGUCAGAACUUGGGCGAGGAGAAGAGAAAAGAGGGAGUUACACUUCGAUUGGGGCCGCCGAGACUGGAGCUCGAGGAAGAACCCGACGAAGAAUCUGAGCAACGCACGUCGGAGAUCACGGAGCCACUGGUGACAUUGAGCGCUGAACAGAUCGUGGCAUCCAUUCCCCACGCCCCGAAGCCCCCAGCUGUCUACGAAAGAUCUGCGACCGAAAGUGAGAAGAUUCUUGACCCUACCGCCGCAAUGUCGGCCAUUGAGUCUGCUUUAGCGUUACUGCGCCCGGACCAGGACUCGGAAUCACACACGGACAACACAUCGCAUGGUCAAACAGAUUUUGAGAAAUACAUUCAGAGCAGCACCGAGAAUUAUGGAGAGGGGGGGUCGCCCACUGCAUAUGAGGGCUUUCCUUCUCGCUCGUCGAGCAUCUCAUCACUGCACCGUGCCGAGUCAGUAUUUUCCUUUUCACGAAAUUCCUUUAGCAACCAACUUGCACAAUUGACAUCCAUCGCACUUCCUCAACCGUCGUCGCUCGCGGCUAGUAUAUCUAGCAUCCCUACUGCGCCUGCGGCCAUCAAAGCAUUAAUCAGAUCGGCAGAGCAAAUACAUACCUGGAUUAAUAAGGCGUCCAAUGUGCUCACAGGCCUAUACGCAGAGGAUGAUGUGGAGUGGGCGGCGGCCGGUGGACGAGAUGGUCUGGACGGGGUAGACAGAGCCAUCACCCGCUUUGAGAGUGUUGUCAAUGUUUAUGUGAAGGCCAUUGAGGAUGUCCAACUGCGACAUGACAUUUCCGACGUGGAUCCGGAGUAUCUCAAGAAGCUCGUUUCCCACAUGGAAAAUAUACUGAACAAUUGGGCUCAUAUCAAGUCCAAACUCAGACAGGUGAAAGAGCAGGUGGAAUUGGCCAUGGAAUGGGAAGAGCUGUGGAAUAACGUCCUGGGGGAUGUCAGCAUGGAAAUGGAUGAUCUCAGCCGAUUGAUUUUCGAGAUGGAGGAGAAGCGACAUGAGGUUGCCGACGAUGGGCCCGUAGCCGCUGAAUCAAGCGGUGGGUUAGACAUCAAUGAUCUCGAAACAAUUGUGGAGGAGGCACCGUCUAGUGGCGAUAUGAGCACGAAUAAGCGAUUCAGUAUCGGUCCCAUCUUCUCGUCAACACCGAUGGCAGACACACCUAUCAUCCAGACACCACAAAAUGAAACAAGUCUCUCCGACCUCACGGCUCUGUUCGCGCGCAUGCAGCCAUUACGCGCAUCGUUGGACUUUUUACCGAUGAGGAUUUCCAUGUUUCAAUCUCGGGCAGAGGACAUUUUCCCUAGCGCCUGUGAGGAGUUAGAGGAACGGCAAUCCCAGUUAGAGCGAAGCUACAAAAGGCUCUCAGAAGAUGCCGAGGCCUUGAGAAAGGAACUCGGCGAGGAUCGAUGGGUCCGAGUAUUCCGCAGCGCGUCCGGUCAAGCGCAAAGGAUGUUCGAUUCGGUGGAAAGGGGUAUUGCGAAGCUGCAGGAAGCUAUCGAGAUGGGUGCUCACUUGCACAAUACCGCCCUGCUAACAAAGCGCAUGGAGGGCUAUGAAGCCAAGAAGUUGCACUAUGUCCCUGCCAUCGAACAAGUGAUCACGAUCAUCCAGAAGGGUGUGAAAGAUCGCCUGACAGUGAAUGGUGAGAUUCUGAGAUCACUGUCAGAUAUGAAGGCGAGGUUGGACGCUUUGAAAACAAGUAUCAAGGUCAUGGACUCUUCGUUGGAGGACAUAAACGCCUUUAAGAUGCAGCAUUCGCGUGAUUCUGUCUCGAGCAGCCUCACACUUGACAGUCCGGGCGCGAGCAGUGUCAUUGAUACACCUGGAAGCUCCCCGGCUUCUUCGGUCGUCAUGACUCCUGCGGCAGGCCGUAAGACCUCAAGUAGACGUGGCAGCUCCGUUGUCAGCAUGUCCAAGGUUAAGCGUUACUCGGGCAUACCGCAGGUGUCAACAGCGCUGACCAAGAAAUCGGCGCUUCCAAAACCAUCUACGACCACACCGUCUUCAAGCAAACCGAAUACGCCUUCCUCCAUAUCUUCGCUUACACCUGCAUCAGCUGCUCGGGCAAAACGCGCUUCUCAGUCGUCGUCGACACUGAAUAAUCGGCCACGCUGGAACUCCAGUACCAACACAAGAGACUUGGAUGUCGGCCACAACUUCAAGCCACUCUCCGCCACCACCCCUUCUCCAUACGCCAGGUCUCCUUCUGUCCCUCGUCGGCCAAUGUCGACUGCAGAUUUCCGUGGCUCUUUUAGCCGAGAGAGCUCUAGGUCUCCUGCCCCAAUGGCGGCAAGACCCGCUAGCCGCGUCUCAUCGAGACUUGCUCCUCGCACUCCUAGCCGUGGUGUGUCUCCUAGCCCGGCUCGUUCCAUCCUCGACCCGCCCCCUUACAGCAAACGACGGCAGCAAUCCGGGGAGUCGGAUAUGCUCAAUGUCCCUCGCAUGCGACAAAGCUACGCCGGUGCGUCACCAUUCAGCAGAAGCACUGGGUCAACCGGCCGGGGUCCGGAGAUCAGCAGUCCUCCAAAGGCUCGCCCGGGAACAGCGCUGGGACAUUCUCAUCGACGUAUCAGUCUUCUCCCUCAGCCUAAGGCACGCUCCGGAAGGGAUACGUCGUCGGGGUCUCGUAUUAGAAUGCUGUCUAUCUAUUAA